AUGGAUAUACAGCAUGCUGCGAUCCUACUAUCUCGAUAUGACAGAGCGGCCGAGGCAGCCGCAGCCGCAGGGUUGAACCACGAUAACCGGGGACCGGCGCUCGUGGCGACGUCCUUGUCGUUUGGGACAGUGAUGUUAAUUGUUUUAAGUGCGCGCAUCUACUGCCGUGCGGUGCUGCUGAAGAAGAUGGGCGCGGAUGAUUGGUGCAUGGUUCUUGCUGCUGUUUUUGGAAUGGGGUUGAUUGCGUGUGCUCUUUGUGGUGUUUAUAUGACCGGAGCCGGAAAGCAUGUUUGGGACAUAACCUGGCAAGACGGCGUAGCUAGUCAAAAGAUUGGCCUCGCCGCCCAAAUAUUCUACUUCAUCUCCCUGGGCCUGACCAAAGCCUCCCUCCUCCUGUUCAUAGUCCGCCUGCAGCCCUCCGAACGCAUGGUCCACACCUGCUGGGCCCUCCUCAUCCUCUGCACCGCCUUCACCAUCACCGCCUUUGUGUCGUCGUGCCUGCAGUGCGUCCCGCUCUCCUACCUGUGGGACCAGGUCAACCCGUUCCUGGCGGGCACGAUCGAGCACCACUGCGUCGACCAGAAGGCGCUGCAGUACGCGCUGCCGUCGAUUAACAUUGCGACGGACUUUCUGGUCUGGUUGUUGCCGAUUAAGCUGAUCUGGAAGGUGCAGCUACCGAAGAGGCAGAAAUGGGGGCUGGUUAUGGUCUUUUCGCUGGGUGGGCUCGGUGUCCUUGCGGGUAUAUUGAGACUCUGGAGUGUCGGAAUGGCCGUGAAGGGGCAAGAUCGAUCCUGGGAUUACAUCGACCUCACUGUCUGGUCCAACGUCGAAGUACUCGUCAGCAUCACCUGCGGCUCCGCCCCCGCCGCCCGCCCCUUCUUCUCCCGCUACCUCCCCAACUUCCUCGGCGGCACGCCCAACGCCAGCGCCGGAUCCGACCAGCCGCACGUCUUCUCUCCCAACGCCCCGCGCAACAUCGGCACCGCCCCCCGCUUACGCAGUAAGCAGAACCAGAGCGACACGUACAUUAUGCAGUCGUUCUCGCAGCAUGACUCGACGGAGGAGUUUGGUAUCCGCACGAGGGUCGGCGGCGGGGAUGUGGAGAGUGAAGCGGGGAGGGAGGGGGAAGGGGAGGUGGAUGGCGAGGCGGACGCGGAGGCGGUGAAUAAGAUGGGGGUGGGGGUAAGGGUGGAGGAGAGGGUGUGA